CACUCUUAAAAACAAAAAUAAUAUUUAGUCCCCACACUUUUUUCUCUAUCAAACAUUUCACCCAAAAUUUAAAGGCGGGAAAACCAAAACAAUUAUUAUUUUCUCUUCAGAAAAUGAAUCCGGAAAAAGCCGCCGGCGCCGGAGUACGACAGUUGCCGGUGGACGAGCGAUACUCACAGUGGAAAUAUCUUGUUCCGAUUUUAUAUGACUGGUUUGCUAAUCAUAACCUUCUUUGGCCUUCUCUUUCUUGCAGAUGGGGACCGCAGUUAGAGCGAGCUACUUACAAGAAUCGUCAACGACUCUACCUCUCAGAGCAGACCGAUGGCAGUGUACCAAAUACACUUGUGAUAGCAAAUUGUGAAAUUGUUAAACCUAGGGUAGCAGCUGCAGAACACAUAUCACAGUUCAAUGAAGAAGCACGGUCACCUUAUGUGAAGAAGUAUAAAACCAUUAUACAUCCCGGAGAGGUAAAUCGUAUCAGGGAGCUGCCUCAGAACAACAACAUAGUAGCUACCCACACUGACAGUCCUGAUGUCCUUAUUUGGGAUGUUGAAUCUCAGCCUAAUCGCCAUGCUGUCUUGGGAGCCACCGAGUCGCGACCGGAUUUGAUCUUGUCUGGUCAUCAAGAAAAUGCUGAAUUUGCCCUUGACAUGUGCCGAAGUGAACCCUUUGUACUAUCUGGAGGCAAGGACAAGUCAGUUGUCUUGUGGAGUAUUCAUGAUCAUGUAUCUACAUUGGCAACACAGCCUAACGGAAACAAGAGCCCAAAGACUGAUGGGUCUGACGAUAAGCGUACUGAGAGCCCUGUUAUUCAAGCAAGGGGUGUCUUCCAAGGGCAUAAUGAUACUGUUGAAGAUGUGCAGUUCUGCCCCUCUAGUACACAAGAAUUCUGUAGUGUUGGUGAUGAUUCAUGUCUUAUCCUGUGGGAUGCAAGAACAGGCUCUUCUCCAGUUGUCAAGGUUGAGAAAGCACACAAUGCUGAUCUUCAUUGUGUUGAUUGGAAUCCGAUAGAUGAAAAUCUUAUAUUGACGGGGUCUGCUGAUAACACUAUUCGAUUGUUUGAUCGUCGGAAUUUCACUGCUAACGGGGUUGGAUCACCCAUACAUAUAUUUGAAAAUCACACUGCUGCUGUUCUUUGUGUGCAGUGGUCUCCGGACAAAGCAUCUGUUUUUGGUAGUUCAGCAGAGGAUGGAAUCUUGAACAUCUGGGAUCAUAAUAAGAUUGGCGAACUCUCUAAUUCUUCCCCGAAAAUUGCCGAAGGCUUAUUGUUCCGCCAUUCUGGGCACAGGGACAAGGUGGUUGAUUUUCACUGGAACUUACAUGAUCCAUGGACAAUUGUUAGCGUCUCUGAUGAUGGUGAAAGUACUGGUGGGGGUGGAACUUUACAGAUAUGGAGGAUGAUUGAUUUAAUACAUCGUCCACAACAGGAGGUUAUUACCGAGCUGGAUAAAUUCAGAUCUCACAUUCUCUCUUGCCCCUCUGACAAGGCUUCAUAGGCUUUCUUAUAUUGUUGUGUUGCGAAGAAUUCAUUGUGAAUUUGCAGACUAAUCUGCUUGGACUUGUUAGCUAUUGUAGGAGCCUGUCAUUAACUCGGCCUUUUCUGUCAAGAAAAGGUGCAACUUGCAUGCUUAGGUUUCCUGAAUUUAUUGACGCAUUCUGGAUCAUAGUUGCUCUUGGAAUUUUUUUUUUUGAUCUUUUGCGUUUUGAUGCUA